AGGUGACCACGAAACAAGACUGAAUUCAUUGUGAAACCGAGACCUCUGCUGAAGUUUUGGACCCGCAGAUGAUGGAAACAGCCGCGAUAAGGAGUUAAAAUGCCCCCCUCUGGUGCAGUUCCUUCGUGUGCCCUCAUCCUGAAGAUCCUGAAGAACAGCUUUAUGCCCUUUCCUGAAGAUAACCAGACGGAGGCGACGGGAACGAGCCGGUUGGCUGCGUAACGAAAUCUCCAAAGCGAGUCGACAAAGAGCCGUUGGAGGAAUGAUCUGGAAGGUGGCGAAGGAAUCACCUGCGCUUUCUGGAUGAUGGCAAAGGUCGUGGCGGCGAGGCUUUUCUUCAUUAACUGCGUUUGUCUGCGCUGGGCUUGGGUUUGCUUGGCUGCUUGUAGUGGUAAGGUGGAGCUGCACACUGAGAGAAGGGGUGUCAUCUACAGUCCGUCCUGGCCACUUAACUACCCUGCUGGGGUCAACUGCUCGUGGAACAUCCAGGGAAACCGUGGAGAGGUCAUCACUAUAAGCUUCCACAGCUUUGACGUGGAGGACUCUGGAGGUUGCCGUGGCGACUGGCUGCUGCUGGGCCCCACCUGGAAGGAGGAGUACCGGGUGUGUGGCUCCGUACUGCCCCCUCCCUUCAUCUCCUCCAGGGGACGAGUGUGGCUCCACUUUCACUCACAGGCCAACAGCUCGGGCCUGGCUCAGGGUUUCAGACUCUCCUACAUACGCAGCCGUUUGGGUGAGAGUCGUUGUGAGAGUGAUGAGUAUUUGUGUGGUAAUGGGAAGUGUGUGCCGCGGUCAUGGCGCUGUAAUGGUUUAGAUGAGUGUGGUGAUAACACUGAUGAGCGGAAUUGUGCCCCCCUGCCCACACUCGUCCACUCCAGCCUGUGCCCUCCAGGCACCCUGCAGUGCAGCCAUGCCCAGUCCACACGCUGUCUGCCCUCCGCACUGCGCUGCAAUGGAGCGCUAGAUUGCCCGGAUGGCUCAGACGAGGCCCACUGCCCCGACACCUCAUGCGGAAAACGACUCGCCAACUUCUACGGAACAUUCGCCUCACCUGAUUUCUUCAGGCCCAACAGGAGCAGCGGGACAGACUUGUACUGCACCUGGCUUCUGGAUACACAGGAUACAAAGCCUGUGCUCUUGCGUUUGGACCUGCAGCUGGGCGUAGGGGACUCUCUGCGUGUGUACGAUGGUUUGGGGGAGAGAGCGGAGCGGCUGCUGCAGAGUCUGUCCCACCACAACAAUCAUCGGCCCGCUGUGCUGGAGUCAUCGCAGGGUCAGAUGAGCGUGCUGUACCACGCCAAACCACACAGCCAAGGACAUGGCUUCAACGCUUCGUACCAGGUGAAAGGUUAUUGUUUCCCGGGUGAGUUUCCGUGUGGUCCAGAUGAGGGUUGUUACUCCCAGCAGCAGCGCUGUGAUGGUUAUUGGCACUGCCCAGGUGGCCGGGAUGAGGAGAGUUGCCCCCCUUGCCCGCCAGGACAGUACCCUUGUGAGGGGGGCGGUGGAGCGUGCUAUCCAGCAACUGAGCGCUGUGAUAACCAGAAGAAAUGCCCGGGAGGCUCAGACGAGAAGAACUGCUUCUCCUGCCAGCCGGGCAACUUCCACUGCGGCACCAACCUCUGCAUCUUCGAGACAUGGCGCUGUGACGGUCAGGAGGACUGUUUGGAUGGCAGUGACGAACGAGACUGUCCGGCUGCAGUGCCCCGCAAGGUCAUCACCGCUGCGCUGAUCGGCAGCCUGGUGUGCGGCCUGCUGCUGGUCAUCGCCCUGGGCUGUGCUUUCAAGCUCUACUCUCUCCGGACAAGGGAGUACCGAGCUUUUGAAACACAGAUGACCCGGCUGGAGGCGGAGUUUGUGCAGCGAGAGGCUCCUCCCUCUUAUGGUCAGCUGAUAGCUCAGGGUCUCAUACCUCCAGUGGAGGACUUUCCUGCUUACCAUCCUGCUCAGGCCUCCGUCCUGCAGAAUCUCCGCACAGCUAUGCGUAGGCAGAUCCGCCGGCACUCCUCUCGCCGUGGGACGUCCCGACGUAGGCUAGGUCGCCUGUGGAGCCGCCUUUUCCACCGUGGAAGCCGCUUGCGGGGUCAGAUCCCCCUCCUCACACCACCCGGCCACACACACUCUCGUUCUCAUGUCCAACCUGCAAUCAGCCUUCAAGGAUUCAGGGUGGCUGAAGCUCGCAGGGGUGAGUCUGAGCGGUCAGGAACCGGACAUACCCCCUCACCCUGCUCCAGUGCUGCGCUGGGUCUGGCACUGCAGGCACAUGCACAGGCUCUGCAUUUACCCCAAAACGAGUCACCCCCAUCUCCCUUGUCCCCUGCCUCGCUGCGAUCAACCUCCGACACCCUGGACGACGAAGACGAGGAAGACAGUGACCACAGGUCUCCAGAAUUAGUAGGUGACAGAAUGAGGUCCAAUCUGGAUGAUGGAGCACUCUCUGCUGGACAUAGAGACAUGGACAAACCUUCUGGAGCUCCAAAUGAUUCCUCAAAUGGGACAUAUCGGUCACGGGUGUCCAGGAAAACUGUGCAAAGUCUGGCUGCAGAGCUAGGAGGAGUGACGGUCAAGUGUUAUUCCUCACUGGCCAUUUCGCCUCUUUCUUCUCCCGAGUCUCUGACCUCCUCCAGCAGCCAGAAUGAGGAUGAAGUGGGCUCUCCAACAUACAAAGAAACUGAAAUCUGCACAGACACAGACUCUAACACACACUCUGACACCCAAGCCCCGUCCCACCUUGAUGACCACUCUAAGGACUGGUCAGUUAGGAAUAAGACUGAUAUACCCUCACCUUGUGAACUCACGAGCAGUGAUGAAGAGGAGGAUGAUGUUCCGUUUGUACACUGAAGAGCCUUUCUCUACUGUAUGUGGAAAUACUCUACGAUGACCUUGCCAACAUGGAGCAUAUGAUUUAGAAUAUAUGCUUAUGGCUUCCUGCAUUUAUGUUCACUGAGGAUCACACUAAGGGUGGACAGUAUGGCCUAGAAAUCAUCACAAUACUGGAUCUUGAUUGUAUUCAUAAUAGUAAACAUGCACCAGCCACUUAAUUAGAAACUCCCAUCUUGUAGGUCCCCCUCACGUGUGUACAGUUACAGACAGUAGCCCCAUAUUUUGAUGCACAGUGUUAGGCAUCCUCUAGCCUUUCACCAGUGGUCAGUUUCUGACGAGAGAACCACUCUUAACUUGAUUUUCUUGGGUAGUGGAACACUCUCAGCCCCAUCAG